AUGCGGAGCCCCGAGCGCGUCCGACGGAGACGAAGCCGGCCCGGCUACCGCCUGGAUUUACAGCCGGCCAUUAAAGUCUGUUUACAAGCCGCGGCCGAGCGGGAGAACCGGAUUGACAGGCAGCAGUUUGAAGAGACCGUCCGAACUCUGAAUAACCUUUAUGCAGAAGCCGAAAAACUCGGAGGCCAGUCCUACCUGGAAGGGUGCCUGGCCUGUCUGACUGCCUACACCAUCUUCCUGUGCAUGGAAACACAUUAUGAAAAGGUUCUAAAGAAAAUUGCAAAGUUCAUUCAGGAACAGAAUGAGAAGAUCUACGCUCCUCAGGGCCUCCUUCUGACAGACCCUAUUGAGAGAGGAUUAAGAGUUAUUGAAAUUACCAUUUAUGAAGACAGAGGUAUGAGCAGUGGAAGAUAAAACUGUGGAGUCUCAGCAGAUGGCUCAGCAAUGGACUUGCGGUAUCAAAGCUUCCCUACCUCCUACUUUAGAGUAUCAUUCCUCUCUCUGCUGCCAGAUCCACAGUGCCAUCUACUACAAGGACUAACUUCCUAAAACUCGACUCCGCAUGGGGUGACCUCCCAGCUGGUCAGCAUCCAUUUUUUGAGCAAAUUUCUAAGCAAUGGGAUCAUUUUGGCUUUUGAA